UCUCAGAGAAACAGAGUAGACAGUAGAGAGGAUCGGCCCAUGCAUCUCUGUCUGCUUGUCUAUUAUAUUUAAACACCUGCGAAAAACCGGGUUGUAAAGAGCACGCGAGGAGCCUCGACCAAACCACGUGAUCAAAUGCGGAAACUGUUCAAUCGAGAAUAGUGUAGCGGAGAAAAGGCAAGAGGGGAGUGCAGGUCCGUGUGUGUUCUGAGCUGCUGCUGGUAUUAGCUGGACCCUCCGUACCGAGCAACACGUCCACAGACGGACGGACUACGGUGUCGGUUGUUUGUACAGUUCAAUGCACGAGAGUCCUCUGCGGUGAACAGAAGUAAGGGUUGUUCUGAGGUCAGACUGCUGAGAUGACAAGGCUGUGACAGUGUGUGUCCAAGUGUGUCGGUACUGGACCCAUUCCUGUGACAUGGCUGCAGCUAAGAAGAGUUGUGCGAAGGCAGGAGGCGUGCGCUUCUCAGAGGAAUCCGCCGGCGCCACGUCUCAUGUUCACUUCGACGAAAAGCUGCAUGACUCCGUCGUCAUGGUGACUCCGGAGGAUGACGGCAACUUUAUGGUCAAGGUUGGCUUCCUAAAGACGCAGCACCGGUAUGAAAUAGUGUUCACCUUGCCCGAGGUCCCAGCUCUGGGGAAGGACGUGUGUCCAUCACCAGUGCCCAGUCCACACCUCCGGAUCACUGAUAUCACACCGGCCACAGAGGGAGGUCUGAAGGUGACGUGCGAGUACGUGGCCCAGCAGGAGGGAGUUCUGUGUGAGGAGGUGCUGCUGCUGAGCGAGACCAACGAGGACGUCUGCAUUAAAGUCAAAGUUCACGCCAGAGUCAUGGAUCGUCACCACGGGACACCCAUGCUGCUGGAGGGAGUCCGCUGCAUCGGGGUGGAGUUGGAGUACGACUCUGAACAGAGCGACUGGCAAGGAUUCGACUAAAUGCUCCCCUUACACCAGAUAUACACACACAUAUGCACAAACACACACAUGCUAAAAGUGCACAAACGCACACACCAAAUGUAUACACACAAAUAAUUUAGUGCCACGCAAUGUACACAUUUCAAGUGUUCAGUGUUGCAUUCAGAGGAAAUUGGAUAUUUGCGUAAUGAGAACAUUUACAUAAUAAAAUAAAAAUUCCCAUCUG